AUGCAGCAAAUGAUCAACAGUCUCACCGACGAUGAGGUCAAUGAAAAGUUCGAGCAGAUGCUGCUAGUGUACACAGCAGUUAAUACAGGUGACAGUGUGGCAUCAGUAAAUAACAACCCCUAUCCACCUGUCACCUCCAUUAGCGUCAACAUUUUCACAGGUAUGCACUUUCGAAAUGAAAGGAGGAGUACACACGAGUGUGUUCGGUGCUUGAAGGCUUUUAUGAACAAUAAGUUUGGUUUGAAAAACAUUCUCCAUCACGAUGAAGCGCUUACCAUUUUAUCUCGAACUGUGGAUCCAGCCGACCAGGCCACCAUGUUGGAAGCGGUACGUCUGCUGGCUGCCGUCUGCUUGGUGCCCCCUGAUGGUCAUGAGAAAGUUCUAGAAGCCAUUACUAUGUGUGGAGAAAUAAGAAACCAAGACAGAUUUACUCCAAUCAUAGAUGGUCUAGGAAUAGAAAAGAAUAUACCAAUGAAGGUUGCCUGUAUGCAGUUAGUGAAUGCCAUAGUUACCACGCCGGAUGACCUGGACUUCCGAAUACACUUGAGAAAUGAAUUUAUGAGGACGGGACUUGUGGAUCUAUUAGAGGGUUUAGAAAAUGAUGAUAGUGAAGAGGUGAAAGUUCAAGUUGGUGUCUUCACAGAACAUAAAGAUGAAGAUUAUGAUGACUUCUUCCAUCGCUAUGACAACAUUAGGGCAGAGUUAGAUGACCCUGGAGAGUGCUUUCAACUAAUAAUCAGCAAUGUAGCUGGGACAUCAACAGAACCCUAUUUCCUGUCUAUCUUGCAGCAUUUGUUAUUUAUUAGAGAUGAUUAUGUAGUAAGGCCCCAGUACUAUAAACUGAUAGAAGAAUGUGUUACCCAAAUAGUUCUGCACAAAAGUGGAAUGGAUCCCGACUUUAGGCAGACCAAAAGAUUUGAAAUAGAUGUAGAACCACUCAUAGGUCAGUUAACUGAGAGAUCCAAAUUUGAAGACAGCCUUGGCGGGAAGGAGUUAUCUGGUAAAUUGGAAGAGGCUCUAACUGCCAAACAGGAAUCCGAGGCAAAAGUGUCAGCUCUAGAAGAAAAGAUUAAGAAAUAUGAACAGGAACUUGCAGAUUUGAAAGAAAAGAUAUCCCAAGGAGUGAGUGCUGUUGUCAGUGGUGCCAUAGCUAAGCAAGCGGGGGUGGGAGGAGGUCCCCCUCCUCCUCCACCGCCUCCACCCCCACCAGGUGGAUUCAUUCCACCCCCACCCCCACCCCCUCCAGGUGGAGGCAUUCCACCUCCUCCCCCACCUCCACCUCCACCUCCUCCAGGUGGUGGACCUCCACCUCCGCCUCCGCCUCCACCCCCACCUGGUGGGGGACCUCCCCCACCCCCUCCACCCCCAGGAAUGGGGCCACCCCCACCCCCUCCUUUAGGUGCUCUGAGACCCCCUGGUUUCACUGGUUCCCCCCUUGCUCCCUCCCCUCCGCAGAAUGUACUGCCAUUUGGCAUGAAGGCCAAGAAGGGUUAUUCAGUAGACGCGCCACUUAAGAGAGCUAAUUGGAAUAAGAUUAAGCCAAAUCAGCUGGACAAAGAAUCUUUCUGGGUUAAAAUAAACGAGGAAGAGUUAGAAGAUGAAGACUUAUUUAAAACUCUCAAGGCAAAGUUUUCCACCAAACCAGCAGUUAAAAAGGAACCCACUGGGGAAGCUGCUGAGCAGAAGAAGAAGGGGAAAGAACUGAAGGUGCUGGAUGGCAAGGCAGGACAAAAUCUGUCCAUUCUUCUGGGCUCCCUCAAGCUUCCAUAUCACGAGAUUAAGAAGCGCAUUCUGGAGGUAGACGAAGAGAAGCUUCCUGAUCAAGUGGUGGAACAACUGAUCAAAGCCCUGCCAGAGCAGGAAGAGAUUACUAAGAUAGCCAAGCUCAAGGAUGAAUACGAUGAUCUGGCUGAGCCAGAGCAGUUCUGUGUUGUGAUGUCAGGAAUUAAGAGGCUGGUUCCCCGACUUAAUUCAAUGAUGUUCAAGCUGAAGUUCCCAGAGCUUGUGCAGGAUAUUAAACCAGAAAUUGUGGCAGCCACGGCAGCUUGUGAAGAGGUGAAGCAGAGUGGGAAGUUUGCCAAACUCCUGGAACUCAUUCUGCUGGUUGGUAACUAUAUGAAUGCAGGUUCCAGGAAUGAGAAGUCUUUAGGGUUUGACAUCAGUUUUCUUCCAAAGUUGGUGAACACAAAGGCACAAGACAAUAAGAGCACCUUACUUCACUUCCUGGCAGAGAUUGUGGAGACUAAAUAUCCAGAUAUUUUGACCUUCCCAGAAGAGCUCAUCCAUGUUGAUAAGGCUGCCAGAGUGUCAGAACAAAUCUUGACAAAGAACAUGGCUGGAAUGAAUAAGAGUCUAAAGAUGUUGGAAACAGACCUGAAGAAUAUGGCCAAACAGCCCCAAGUGGAAGGAGACCGCUUUACAGAGGUUCUUGGGGAGUUUGUGAACACUGCCAAAGACCAGGUGGAGGUCCUGGAGAGCAUGCAUAAGAAGAUGGGCACAUUAUUUGGAGAUAUUGCUAAAUUUUACUGUUUUGAUCGGAACAAAUAUGGAAUUGAGGAGUUUUUCGGAGAUGUACAGACAUUCAUUAAGCAAUUUCAGCAAGCAGUUAAAGAAAACCAGAAGUUGAGGGAGACAGAGGAGAAGAUCAGACGUGCCAAAGAGGCCAAGGAGAAGACAGAAAGAGAAAAGAAAGAAAAAGUUGCCAGGAAGAAAGCAUUGGUUGAUAUGUCUGCAGAUGACGACCAGCAAGGUGUAAUGGACAAUCUCCUGGAUGCCUUGGCAACAGGCAGUGCAUUUAAUGUGAACCGAGAAAAGAGAGCAGGCCAAAAGAGGACGCCACGAGCGGCAGGAGCUGAGAGAAGAGCUCAGUUAACUAGGUCAAGGUCAAGACAGAACUUAUCCAGCAUGGACUUAGUGAAAGAAAUAAACUUUGAUGAUGGAACAGACAGUAGUCCCAGAGUCCGUCCAGAAAGGCGGAAAAAGCGAGACCGUGCAUCGGCAGCGGCAGCUGCCGAAGGAGGGAGACGGAGUCGAGAAGGAUCUGUGAAUGCACCAAUUGAGGACUCCCAGCCUGUUAAUAAUUCCACGAACAAUAAUGCUAAUGGUGAGGGACCCGAGGAGUCGGAUGCCGAGGCACUUCUUGCAAGGUUAAAGGCGUUAUAGCAUUGGAAUUUUUCCUUUUUUUAUCAAAUAGAAAUAGCAUAUUUAAAAAAAAAAAAUCAGAGAAGGGCAUACUGGAAAUUGCAUUGAACUUUUAUUAAAAAUGAUAUCAGCCUCUAUUGUUCAUGGAAUUAAAGAAAAAGCAAAUAAGGACAAGUAGUCUGCAUUCAGUAUGUAUGGUGGCCUUCAACUGAGUGAGAGAUGGAGGCAGAGCCUUUUAAAUGAGAUUACAUAGUCUAAAAGAAGAUGCAAGCAAAAUCCUUAAAGAGGUACGUAAUCCUUAAAAAAUAACUAAAGAUAGAAUCUUUUCAUCUGCAACCUUUACUUUUUUUUAAGGGGGCAAUAUUAAGUCACUUUCUUUGGAAUUUGUUUUAUGAGAAUCGAACCCAGGUUCCUUUCACUAACUCCUCAUGUUCACCAGAACUGCCAAAAGCUUGUGUAAAAAAAAGCAAUCUUGUGGCCCAUGUUUGUUUAAAUAUUAAAUAAAUUUUGAUUAUGCAUAGUAUGCAGUGGUAUAUUGGACAUGUUUCCUCUGGCACAGUGAAAAAUUGAAAGCUAUGUUACUCUUGUUUCAUAAUGCAUCAGUAGCAUUCAUUCUGCAUUUUUGAUUUUCAAUAUAUUAAAAUAGAUCAAGAACUGCAGAAGUGCUGUUGUAAACUUGUAAGCUGACAUAAAAUGCUUCUGAGUGAAACACUUCAAGUUCUUUGCACCUCAGCCAUUUUAAGUUGACACUUGUUUCUUAUUAAUUUUCAUAUCUGUAAAUUUCAAAUUUGGGCAAUCUGUGGGUAUAGGUCAGUAUUUGGCACUGAAGGGAGAGAGUUCUACUAAUUAGUUAAGUGCAAACUUAGGAAGAAUACCCACUAGAUCCAAUUCUACAACUUGUGCUUCCAAACCUGAAAAUAUUCAGCAUAUCAACUGCUAGCGUGUUAGUGUGUCUUUCAUUUCAUUACGUCUGCAACAAGUAACUGUGUUGGGCAGUAUUUCUACCUCGAAUAAUAAUCAAUAUCAUUCAGCGUCUACAUUGCAAAAGUCAGUUCAUUUUGGUCACAGGCAUAAUUUACAACACAGUUAUAAAAAGGUCAGAAACAGAAAUGCUUUGUUAUAAU